UUUUCCAAGAUUUUGAUUCCAGUGGAAUCUUUGCUUUAGAUUGUGUGUGUGUGUGUGUGUGUGUGUGUGUGUGUGUGUGUGUGUGUGUGUAUGUGUGUGUAUGUUAGUGAAUUGUAACUCCAGAAGCAAUGCCUGUACAAGCUCCACAAUGGACGGAUUUCCUUUCCUGCCCAAUUUGCACUCAGACUUUCGACGAAACAAUUCGAAAGCCCAUCAGUUUGGGCUGUGGCCAUACUGUCUGCAAAAUGUGCCUGAAUAAACUCCACCGUAAGGCUUGCCCAUUUGACCAGACCACUAUCAAUACAGACAUUGAGCUCCUUCCUGUGAACUCAGCAUUACUGCAGCUAGUGGGUGCUCAGAUCCCUGAGCAGCAGCCCAUUACUUUGUGUAGUGGGGUUGAAGAUACAAAGCAUUAUGAGGAAGCCAAGAAAUGUGUAGAAGAAUUAGCACUGUACCUGAAACCACUCAGCAGCGCUAGAGGAGUGGGUCUGAAUAGCACUACUCAGAGUGUUCUGAGUCGCCCAAUGCAGAGGAAGCUUGUGACUCUAGUCCACUGCCAGCUAGUGGAAGAAGAAGGCAGGAUCCGUGCUAUGAGGGCUGCUCGAUCUUUAGGGGAACGCACAGUUACAGAGCUCAUUCUCCAGCACCAAAAUCCUCAGCAGCUCUCCUCUAAUCUCUGGGCAGCAGUCAGAGCUAGGGGCUGCCAGUUCCUUGGACCAGCAAUGCAGGAGGAAGCUCUGAAGCUUGUCUUGCUGGCCUUGGAGGAUGGUUCUGCGUUGUCACGGAAAGUGCUGGUUCUGUUUGUGGUGCAAAGACUGGAGCCACGUUUUCCUCAAGCCUCUAAAACUAGCAUUGGACAUGUUGUUCAGCUCCUUUACAGAGCCUCCUGCUUCAAGGUCACCAAACGUGAUGAAGACUCUUCUUUGAUGCAGCUGAAAGAAGAAUUUAGGACUUACGAAGCUCUGCGACGAGAACAUGACUCCCAGAUAGUGCAAAUUGCUAUGGAAGCAGGCUUAAGGAUUGCACCAGACCAGUGGUCUUCUUUGCUUUAUGGAGACCAGUCUCAUAAAUCUCAUAUGCAGUCCAUUAUUGACAAGUUGCAGACCCCUGCCUCUUUUGCACAGAGUGUUCAGGAGCUAACAAUUGCUCUCCAGCGGACUGGAGACCCGGCAAACUUGAACCGACUAAGACCCCACUUGGAGUUACUAGCAAACAUUGACCCUAGUCCAGAUGCUCCUCCUCCAACAUGGGAACAGCUAGAAAAUGGCCUGGUUGCUGUACGUACAGUAGUACAUGGACUGGUUGAUUAUAUUCAGAACCACAGCAAAAAAGGAGCAGACCAACAACAGCCUCCACAGCAUAGCAAAUACAAAACAUACAUGUGUCGAGACAUGAAGCAGAGAGGAGGAUGCCCUCGUGGGGCCAGCUGUACGUUUGCACACUCACAAGAAGAACUGGAAAAAUUUCGUAAAAUGAACAAACGUCUGGUUCCCAGAAGACCCCUGAGUGCCUCUUUGGGUCAACUUAAUGAGGUGGGCCUGCCUUCGGCACCUAUACUUCCUGAAGAAGGUGCAGUGGAUUUGUCCAGCAGGAAGCCGCCUGCACUACCAAAUGGAAUUGUAUCGGCAGGGAGCACGGUGACACAGCUGGUUCCCCGUGGGACAGACCCCGGCUUUGACUCUAGUCUGAAGCCAGGAAAGCUAGACCACCUGAGCAGCAGUGCUCCUGGGUCUCCCCCUGACCUGCUGGAAUCUGCCCCUAAGAGUAUUUCUGCCUUACCUGUGAAUUCACAUCCUGUACCUCCAAGGGGACCAACAGAUCUGCCUCCCAUGCCUGUCACCAAACCAAUUCAGAUGGUACCUCGAGGUUCUCAGUUAUAUCCAACACCACAAGCGGAUGUUUAUUAUCAGGACCCUCGAGGAACUGCCCCAGCAUUUGAGCCAGCACCUUAUCAUCAGGGUAUGUACUAUACUCCACCACCAUGUGUGUCCCGCUUUGUUCGACCUCCACCAUCUGCUCCUGAACCUGGUCCUCCAUACUUGGAUCAUUAUUCACCCUACCUCCAAGAUCGUGUUAUAAACUCUCAGUAUGGCACACAGCCACAACAAUACCCACCUAUGUACCCACCUCACUAUGAUGGCCGCCGUGUGUACCCUGCUCAAUCUUAUACAAGAGAGGAGAUUUUCCGGGAAAGCCCUAUACCUAUUGAGAUUCCAUCUGCAGCAGUACCAUCCUACAUGCCUGAGUCCAGAGAACGAUACCAACAGGUAGAGGGAUACUAUCCAGUGGCUCCUCAUCCAGCUCAGAUCAGACCUUCAUACCCUAGGGAGCCUCCUUAUAGUCGGCUUCCUCCUCCCCAACCUCAUCCUAGCCUGGAUGAGCUACAUCGCAGACGGAAGGAAAUAAUGGCCCAGCUUGAGGAAAGAAAGGUUAUCUCUCCACCUCCUUUUGCGCCUUCACCAACAUUGCCUCCCGCGUUCCAUCAAGAAGAAUUUUUGGAUGAAGAAUUCAAGGUAGCUGGGAAAUACAAAGCAAAUGAUUAUAGCCAAUAUUCUCCUUGGUCAUGUGAUACCAUCGGCUCCUACAUUGGAACCAAAGAUGCAAAACCCAAAGAUGUGGCAGCAGGGAGUGUGGAAAUGAUGAAUGUAGAAAGUAAAGGAAUGAGAGACCAGAGAUUGGAUCUUCAGAGAAGAGCAGUGGAAACUAGUGAUGAUGACCUCAUCCCAUUUGGAGACCGACCAACAGUAUCUCGGUUUGGUGCCAUCUCUCGAACAUCCAAAACACUGUAUCAGGGUGCUGGCCCAAUGCAGGCCAUGGCACCUCAGGGAGCACCCACAAAACCUAUUAGCAUUUCAGAUUACAGUCCAUAUGGAGCUCAUGGUGGCUGGGGAGAUUCUCCAUACUCGCCUCAUCCAAACAUACCUCCUCAGGGACACUUCAUCGAGAGGGAGAAAAUGUCCAUGGCAGAAGUGGCCAGUCAUGGAAAACCCCUUCUAUCUGCUGAAAGAGAACAGCUACGGCUAGAGUUGCAGCAGCUGAACCAUCAGAUCAGCCAGCAGACCCAGCUCCGUGGACUAGAGGCUAUUAAUAACCGACUGGUGUUACAGAGGGAGGUGAACACCCUGGCAGGCCAGCCACAGCCCCCUCCACUGCCUCCAAAAUGGCCUGGAAUGAUCUCAAGUGAGCAGCUAAGCUUGGAACUACAUCAGGUGGAGAGGGAAAUUGGCAAGAGAACCCGGGAACUGAGUAUGGAGAGCCAGUGUUCUUUGGACAUGAAAAGCAAACUGGGUACAAGUAAGCAAGCAGAGAAUGGACAGCCAGAGCCACACAACCAAGUCCCAGCUGAAGACCUUACGUUGACAUUCAGUGAUGUACCGAAUGGAUCGGCUUUGACACAAGAGAAUCUCAGCCUCCUAUCAAACCAGACCAGCUCUUUGAACCUAUCAGAAGACCCUGAGGGAGGAGGCCAUAACAAUGAUUCCCAGAGAUCAGGAGUUACUUCCAGUUCCGCUCCCUAGAACAUGGGUGCCCUGCUUCUACCUUCUGCUCCUCAUCAGCUCGUGGGACUUAGGAUAGAAGAAUGGACAACUUCUAACUUUUUCUCUGAGUGGUCAGUGAAAUCCAGGAAGAGCACCGGAGGCAAUGUGCACAACACCACUACUAAACAAACCCUGCACAUAGUUCACAUUAAUGCAUUUUUUUUAAUUUAAAGAAAAAGAAAAUUAGCAGUAUCUGCAAGCAAUUCAGAUUAAAUUUGUUUUUGUUCUGUGAAUGAACUUUAUUUUAAUAACUUUGGACGCCUUGGAUCCAGGGCUUAAAAAAAAAAAAAGAAGAUAUUAUAUAUACACUCUGUUUGAUUAAUUGUAUGAUCUUAAUGAAGUAGGUUUUUCUUGUAUUUUGGUAUUAUUACAUACCCAGUGUAUAAUUCUUUUAUCCCAGUCCUUUCCAACUCUCACAACCCUGUAAACUAAAAGCACUGUUUCCAAGAAUUCUGUGAUAUUAGAUUGGGUUAUUAGAAACUGUGCAGCAAACUAAUUUUCUUAGAGCUAUUCUUCAGCGCUCCCACACCCACACCCACCUAUUUCUGGAUCACUAGCUUCAUGACUAUUUGAGUAGGGUAGGGUUUUAGUUUCCACUUUGCAGAGAUUUCAACAGGCAGUUGAUUGUUAGAGCUACACAGUUCCAUGUUAAGAAGUCCUUGCAUUCUCUCCAUAAAAUCUGAAAGCCUGUUUGGUGUUUACAUUGCUUCAUUAAAUUUGAAUGUAGAUUACCUUAAGAAUGAACUCUAAACUGAACAUGGUGGCUCAUUCCUGUAAUCCCAGGACUCAAGAUGCUGAGGCAGGAGAAAACCAAAAUAAAAAGAAGGAAAAAAAAAAGGAGCUUCAACUCAGUAGUGAAAACAGACAAUUCCUGUUCUCCUGUGUUGAACUCACAUUGGAAAAUUGGAGCAGUGCUUAUAAAUUAAACUUCUAUUGGAACCCUAGAAUGCUCAAAAAAAAAAUCAGGACAAUGACCCAUGUUCUAAAACUUGGAGAGAUGGCUCAGCAGAGGAUCACUGGCUGUUCUCCCAGAGGACCCAGGUUCUUCCCAGCACCCACAAGGUGGCUCACAACUGCCAGUAACUCUGGUUCCAAGGGAUCUGACACUCUCUUCUGACCUUGUGGGCACCAGGCACACAUGGGUCCAUGUACAUACACAAACAUAAAAUACAUACAAUGUUAAAAUUAAACUUAACAUUUGAUAUCAACUUCAAUAAAUGGAGACACAUUAUUUCAAUGGAAUUUUUGUUUUUCCAUUCAAAAGCAAAAAAGAUUUGGCAGAUAAAAACUGAGUCUUGAAGAUAGUUUAUGUGUUGAUUACUUGUGCUGCUCAGAAUUACUAGCAUAACUAACUUGAAAUGGACUUUUAGACUUGGCUUUCUGACAUUAAAAAUGUUUAUGAAAAUGUUAUGAAAGAGUAAGGAGGGAUUUUUGCUUAGUUCUGCUGCACGUAUUCUAAUGCUACCACUGUAUGCUUAAUUUACUAAGCUCCUGUAAAAUGAGUUCAUUGGGGGACUAUUUCAUAGUCACUCUGUCCCUCUAAUUGCCUGACAUCCAGUUUCCCUUUCUAGAUAAUACUACUAAACAAGAAAGCACUGGUUAUGUAAUAAGUUACUGCAUUGCUUUGGUUGGGUAAAAGCAAAAGUUUAUAUUUUUCUUAUUUCUUAUAUUCUUACCCAUUAACUCCUGCUGAGGUCAGAGCCACCUCAGUCUAUGCUCUAUGUCUGUCAUGUUGUUAAUGGAAACAAGUGGGUGGGGGUGGGGUGGGAAGGGUAAAAUAGUCCUGCCAUUGCCUACCAGUAGGAAAUCCAAACAGAACACUCAUUUGAGUAGCGAUUAUUUAAUUUGCCCAGUCAAGGCACCGUGUUUAUAUACUAUUUCACAUUGAAUUUGAUUAUGCCCUUACAGACCUGGCUGGUCAAGGAUUUGAUAUACACAUAUUGGCUUGGGAUUCGAGCUUUCUUUUUUAUUUAAAUAAAAAUUUAUAUAUAUAUUAUAUAUAUAUAUACAUAUAUACAUGGCUAUAUCUGUAUAUAUAUUGGGUAUGUUUUAAAGAUUUCUUCGCAUGAGCGCAGCUGUUGCAAUAAAAUGACUGAUUGGGAGGUAGAAGCACUGAAUGACGGUGAGGCAUUUUUCAGUUGAUGCAUACAUUUUCCUUUUAAUUUUAAAUAUACAUUUGUACAUUUGCUUUUUUGGCCUUUUUUUUUUUUUUAAGAUAAAACAUCUCUUACAUUUAUACUUUAGAUACUUUAAAUACUCAUUAUUUAUUGAGAGAAGGAAAGAAAUGUUAUGUCUGACAGGAUUUUUAUUUUUCUGCACGUCUAUAAAAUGCCACAUUAUUGGCCUCUUGCCUUCAGUAGACAGAUUUGGACAGAUCUUAUCUCCUUUGGACAUGUCAGAUAAUUCCUAAGUCUUAGAAGCAAGUGGUUUGUUUUGGAAAUUGGAAUGACUGGGCGGGGGGGGUAUCUUCCUAUUGGUUUUGUUGGAGUUGAGAAUAAAAGUGAAUUUCCUUUGUGGUAUGUGUGAAACCCCCAACAUGCACUCUGCUGCGGUGCACUAGUAUCUCUUCAGAUGUUACUUUCAUUUAGGGAGAAAAUUGGUCUCUUAAAUGAUAGCCUAAGUUCCCCAAGCCCCAGUCUCUAUAGCCAGUGGGUGGGGUCGAAAUCGGAAGAUGCUGUGCCUAUAAUUUUGCUGUUUUAGUAAUUGGUCAUUUUCCCUUACAGUUCUUAGGUGUGUUUUGUGUGUUGGGGGGGGGGCGUUGUUUGUGCCCACUGGCAGAUUUAGGGAGUCAAUAAAACCCCCAAGACUUUGAGGAUGUUUUCUCCCUUUAACAAAUCUUGUGUUAUGAGGCAACAAUAAAUUGAAGCAUAACUUCGUGACUCUUAACUGCUGUUUUUGUCAGAAUCUGAAAAGCGUUGAUUUUUAUUUGUGUCUUUAGAGACAUUAAAAAAUGAACUCAUCAAAUUGAAAAUAGAACUUUUACAGCAGCACCACCCCUUUUUGAGACAGAGUUUUACCAUGUAGCCCAAGCUGGUUCUGAACUCAAGAUCCUUCAGUCUCCUGAGCCCUGAGAUUUCAGACAUGUGCUACCAUGCUUAGCAAUAUGUAUGUUUUUUUACUUAAAUGGUUUCUUCUGGAGAUGACUAUUUGCUUUUUACUGUAUUUAAAAGCAAGAACCAUCUAAGAUGAACAUGGACAAUUCUGGAAGGGUUAAGGAGCAUUAUACUUGUUCAGAAACAAAGCCAGUGUGUUAUUGUAGUGAAUAUAUAAAAGUACUUUGCUUCAUUCUGUUUUCAGUGAGUCUCUGGAAAAUGAUUAAAGAACUGAGAAUGAAAUAUCUGGACUCACUUUCCUAAUUAUAGUCCCAAGAUUAGUCUAAUAGCUCCCCUCACCCGGAUAACUUACAGAGUCUGAUGUGACCAAAGAGCCAUCCUUACUACUUUUCUAAUUAAACAGAACUUGUAGCAUAGGUUUCUGGUAGUAAUGUUCAAGUGACAAGACACUAUUAUUAAUAUCAAUUACAAAUAUUCAACUACUCAGAAUGUGUAAGAACUCGUUUGGUAUGGCAUUAAUGUGGGUUAUUCCCUUCUCUCAUCUUCCUUCCCUUCUGUUGUUUUUUUCUCCAUGUAUUUAUUCUUUUGCCUAAAAGCAGAAGAUUGAUGUGAUUCUUACUUGCUACUUGGAUACAUGAUCCCAUCAGACUCCCAUGAGCUUCGAUGUGGAAGCUUGAAAUUUAGUUCCUAAGUUUCCCAUGAUUAUCUUUUUUCUUUUCUUCCUGACCCCUUGCCAUUCUGCAGUUUCCCCUUGACUUACCCAAUCUGUAACAGUGACAGUUUGCUGCCUCUAAACAGAGCAUUCAAAUGAAUUCGCUUAGCCAAUGACUUCUGUGAAGUUGCCUUUUCUAAUGGCGUUAUUACUCAGUGAUGCACAGAUGUGGUAUUUGCCCUACUGGCAGGCAAGCAAAGGUCUGGUAAAGAAUGAUAACCUGCUAUUUCUUUAAGGAGCGCCAAAGACUUGUGCUUUACUCUGUUUUGGUUUUAGGGGAAAUAGUAGCCAUUUUGAUUAUGAAACCUGGUAGUAUUUGUAAGUUGAUUGUACUGCGUAGUUGUCUAAAGUUAACUGUAAGGUUAGCUGGCCUUAUAAAAUGUAAAAGUAAUGAAAAUUCAUCAGUUUCUCUAGACCAGUAAAUAUCAUCCUUGACAAUAUUUGUUUAAGCAACUCACUUUCCCUUUUGGGGAUUAUCUUGAUGUAAUAGCAUCUUCUGUGUUUCUCUGUGCUUUCACUUGUGCCUACAGGACAAUGUACUUUCACUAUGGUCAAGUCAUGGGCCUAGGGAUUUUUCCUGAGCUUGAGGCUUGUGAGACAUAAUUAACUGUAGUUAAUACCUGUUCAGCUGUGUUCAGGGACAGCUUACUUUCACUAAAUGAGAUUCGUGUGCUAUUAUUUAUAUGCACAAAUGGUGAUAGAAUGAAAUUUCACCAUAUUCUCCAUUUGGGCUUUUAAAAAUCAAGUAAAGUUCAAUAUGUAAAAUCUUGGUGUAAAAAAUCAUCUGUAAUGAUUUAUAUUUUAUUAAAAGAUAUGGCCUAAUUAGUUUUAAGGAGGAGUCAAUGACCUUGCAAAUAAACUGCAGUAUUACACACUAUUACAUUCUUGCCCUAUAAAAGGUUCAAGUGUGUUAAAAUCUUAAUUGUUAAUACAUGUUUAUAGUGUUGCAAAGGGAUCUCAUCCCCUGAAAAUAGAGCUCAGAUUAACCGACUUCACUGAGACAAUUUAGUCUCCACCAUGGAGUUGAACACAGCAGGAGUCUACUACUGUCACCAUUUUAUCUGCAUGCUUGUUUUGCAGAAACACGUCCAUGUCUCCCUUGGACACUUAAGGCUUUUAUAUUUAUUUCUUCAGCUCAGCUUUUUAAAAUUAACUGCUGAAAUGACUUGCUGGGAGUUUUUGGUAAAUUUUAAGUUCUCAUUCAGCUUUUCUGAGCCUCUUCAGAGAGAGCUGGUUUGGGGUUUUUGUUUGUUUUUUUCAAAAGGUAAAAUUUCAAAUAAAACCUUUUUGUUACUUGAAAUUUUAAGAUUCUAUUUCUGUAAUUGCUAACGGUGUUUUCCUAAAUAACAUAUUCUAAUUGAUUAGUAAUAGUAGUUACAUUAAUAAAGAAGAGGGAACUGCCAGCCUCGGAGUACCUUCUACUAGGUCUGUUCUCACUGGGCAGGUGUUCAGUGCUACACUGAAUCAAGUGGGAAAGCGCUCUGGGAACCCCACUGUGAUAAAGGGACCUCCCUUAGCACUGGGAUUGUUCUUUGAGCCUCUGGUUCCAGACACUGAAUUUCUCUGAACUUAGCCUUGAGCAAAAUAACUUUCAUUUUCAAAAGAAAGUAAGCCAAGGUGGAAAUCUUAAACCUUAAGACAAUACUGCGUCAGAAAAAAAUGUGUAUUUAGAAAAAUGAAAUCCUGUGGAGUUUGUUAUCUUGGUGUAUGUUAUUUAGUAGAUAAGAUGACUUUUUAUUUUGUAUUGAAGACUCACUUUCUGGUGACUCUUUAUUUGGUUUUGUUUUGUCUUUUAAUGCUGAGUAGACAGAUCACAAGUCUUUGGCUCCUGUGUUAGGGUGUGAGUGCACACAGAGUCAUCUGAUAACUGGAAACUGUCAGGUGGUCCCACUCCAAUGAGGGCGUGAAAGGUCGAGAAAUGGAUGCAAACAAAUACUGGGUGGAUAAUGGUCUGGGGUUUUUGUUUGUUUUCCUUUUAACAAUUGUCACUUCUAUAAUUUAUUGGUAUAGCCUGUCUGUUGGUUGGCUGGCAUUUCACAGUCAUAUCCAAACACCCCAUUGUAGUGGGAACAGGUACCCACUACACCCCAUAAAAUUUUAUUUCUCGCCGGGCGGUGGUGGCGCACGCCUUUAAUCCCAGCACUCGGGAGGCAGAGCCAGGCGGAUCUCUGUGAGUUCGAGGCCAGCCUGGAUUACCAAGUGAGUUCCAGGAAAGGCGCAAAGCUACACAGAGAAACCCUGUCUCGAAAAACCAAAAAAAAAAAAAAAAAAAAAAAAAAAAAAAAAUUUUAUUUCUCUACUGACAGGCCUUUGCUCUUCAGCUCUACAUUCCCUAUUUAGCCAAUAUAGUCCUGAGAGAUUGUCCCCCAUACGUAUUUUUGCCACUUUCCACUCUUUGUCUUCCCACCGUGUGGAUGUCAAAGAACUGAAAGAGAAAAUUGCAUUCGCUGGUCACGGGCCUCAGUAACCUACUCUAUGACUUUGCAGAGUAAUGUAGACAGUGAGCAGGUUCUGAACAGACCUUUUACCCACCUAAACGUUUUCCAGUUGUGAGGUUCUCUUGGUGUGUGCCUUCCCUUCUACCCCCGCCGCCCUUCCCUGACUUUGGUCAGUUGGUCUCUUGGCUCAUACCAGUCUCCUGAGACAUUCUGCAGUCAUUAUCACCUUUUUGGGUGGAUUUUACUUCGUUCUUUUGUUUUGUUUUUAAAAAAUGACUUUAACAUUGAUUCAUAUUUGCUUGGGAUAGAGCUUGUGUAAUUUACCAAUCGUAUUGAUUGUAUGUGAUUUUGCCCUGCAGACGUAUACUUAACAAAAGUAAUCUAAGUUAGUAAAGGAGCCCAUGAGAUUGGAGUCAGAAUAGAAAUGACUUUAUGGAUUUGCAGUUUUGGAUAGUGUGAAUUCCCAUCUCAGAAUCAGUACCACAUCAAUACCCAUUUUUAAAGGUUUUCUUACAUUCCUAUGUUUUCCCAUUGCCUCAGUUCCCUAUUCUUUGCAUGUCAUUCUCUACCCACCUGCUCAGAACUGUUUUUAAUUGAGCCUUAAAGUAACAGCUGACUUUUAAAUUAAUGAAGUUUGUGAAAUUUUAUGUUUUCCAAAUGUUUCCAAUUUAGAGAGAGCAAAGGAUGGGGUUGAAACUCACCAACCCGUGACUACUUAGCAUCUGGCCAACCUGAGAUUUUAUUUGGAGCAUUAUCUUCUGCAAGUUCUUUUUGAAUAGGGGGGAAAAAAAAGCCUUGCUUGAAAUGGAACAUUCCCUUUCGUGUUUAAUCUGUUUAAUAUUUCCAUUUCUUUUAAACAGCCUUCAAAACAAUGAGGUGGAAGAAAAGAAUAGGAGUGUGUUUAGGGCUACAGAACUCUGGGUCUGAAUGAGUACAUGUUCCACUUGUUGCAUAUUUUUGAGAAGAUUAAGGCCUUCUUUCUCAAUUUUGUAUUUGUGUGCAUGUUGUUUCUAUUAAAGAUGCCACAUUUUGUUAAAAUGCUAUUUCCUUUAUUACUUUGGGAACUGACUCAGCCUCUCAUUGCUCCUAACUAGGGUUUAAGGCUCUUGUGAGUUGCAGAUAAAAGGAUUCAUUUUAACAAAUAGAAGGAGGUGAUUCACCUUUGGAUUGUAAAUAUAUGAAAGUGUCUACAAGGUCUUUAUCUGCUUUCUGUCGGCAUUUAUAUUAAAUGAUAAUUAAUGAGGAGGAACAA